UACUCUCACACGCAUCAACAUAAUUGGCACGUACGAAUCAAAAUCCCAAGAAGUUUCAAAUACAAAAACCCCUCAAACCCCAAAAACAACAACACAUUUCAUUCCAUCCUUUAUCCCGGUCCUUGUCUUUCUCUCCAACCAUGCCAUCAUCAAUAACACCAAUUCUGAAAGAUGAAUUAGACAUAGUGAUUCCAACAAUAAGAAACCUCGAUUUCUUGGAACAGUGGAGACCAUUCUUCCAACAAUAUCAUCUAAUCAUUGUUCAAGAUGGUGACCCUUCUAAGGUCAUCAAGGUUCCUGAAGGAUUUAAUUAUGAACUUUAUAAUAGAAAUGAUAUUAACCGCAUUUUGGGUCCUAAGGCUUCUUGCAUUUCAUUCAAGGAUUCUGCUUGUCGUUGCUUUGGUUUUGCUGUUUCCAAAAAGAAGUAUAUCUUUACUAUUGAUGAUGAUUGCUUUGUUGCAAAAGACCCAAGCGGCAAAGAAAUUGAUGCCCUGCAACAGCACAUUAAGAACUUGCUGACUCCAUCAACUCCAUUUUUCUUCAACACUCUCUAUGAUCCAUAUAGAGAAGGUGCUGAUUUUGUUCGCGGAUAUCCUUUCAGUCUUCGUGAGGGUGUUCCGACAGCUGUUUCUCAUGGGCUCUGGCUCAACAUUCCUGAUUAUGAUGCUCCAACUCAGCUUGUCAAGCCUCUUGAAAGAAACAAUAGGUAUGUGGAUGCUGUUCUGACAAUACCAAAGGGAACCCUCUUUCCCAUGUGUGGUAUGAAUUUGGCAUUCAACCGCGAAUUGAUUGGUCCUGCAUUGUACUUUGGACUCAUGGGUGAUGGCCAACCUAUUGGUCGCUACGAUGAUAUGUGGGCUGGCUGGUGCAUGAAGGUGAUAAGUGACCAUUUGGGAUUAGGAGUGAAGACAGGUUUACCAUAUAUCUGGCACAGCAAAGCAAGCAACCCAUUUGUGAACCUUAAAAAAGAGUACAAAGGAAUUUACUGGCAGGAAGAGCUUAUCCCAUUUUUCCAAUCUGUUUCUCUUUCAAAAGAAAGCACAACUGUUCAGAAAUGCUACAUCGAACUCUCGAAAAAAGUUAAGGCUAAACUUGGAUUGGUCGAUGACUACUUCAACAAGCUUGCUGAUGCUAUGGUUACUUGGAUUGAAGUUUGGGAUGAGCUUAAUCCAUCUGAAGAAAAAUCUGUUACUUUGCCUAAUGGUCUAGCAAAGUAGAUUCUUUAUCUGUUAUUAUGCAGGACAGACGAUAUGGCUAUACUUAUCAAUUUACUUUAUUUUUUUUUUUUGUGGUUUUUUCUUAGAACAAUAAUAAAGUUUUAAUGGAUGUUAAUUGUAUUGUUUUAUAUAAUUUCUUCAGGAUGGAUUGUAGCUCUUAUUAUUAACUAUGUUAACUUUCAAAUUUUAUAGUGAGAUUAUUGUACUUGGCAAUGUUUUGCCAUAAUGAAA